AUGGAAACAGAAGAACUCUGUAGUAUCAAUAUUUCUCCAUUAGUGGUGAAUCCGUUUGCUAUACAAUGGUCACCUGAUAAUCACAUUUCGAUAAUUACGGAAAAGGGUGUACACGUGCUCGAGUUACAACCUUCGCCUAUGUCGCCGAAUCCAUUUUUCAAGUUUUCCCGUUCUUUCAUAUAUCAUUCAGACACUUUGCCAGCAUAUGCAUUUAAAAGCGAGGUAGAUUCCUCAAUAUGGGAUAUGAUACGUGAAGAGAUUUAUUCACUUCUUAUGGAUGAUGUUAUUACGCCAAAAUUAGAUGGAGUAAUUGACAAGUUUCCUAAAACAAUAAAAGUAUCAUGGUCCCCUAAAAAUUUAAUCUCUCCUAGUCAGUGCAUAUUAGCGAUAUUAAACUCAGCAGGUGCAGUUGAAUUGUUGCAUAAAGUUUCUAAUAAUUGGUAUUCCAUAUGUGAUAUUUUCUCCCUUCGGCUAAAAAUUAUAGAAGAUGAAAUCAAAACUGGUCUGAAUAAAUCCAAUUUUCAUGAGAAUCAGAGUGCAAGGAUAGUUGAGAGCAUAAAGAAAUUACAAGCUUGCUCUAUGACAUGGAGCAAACUUUUCAAAACAAAAGAUACUUCCUUUGCAUAUUUUUCUGUAGCCUAUUGUAAUGGCGAUAUAGUGAUUUGGAAGAUUCCCAAAAUAUCAGAUUUUACGAAAAGCUUACAGCCUAUAUUUUUCGGAUUAAUACAUUUAGAUCAUGUAUCAAAAGUUAACAUAUUAUGUUGGAUCACUAUUAAGGCCAACGAACAUCUGAUUGCUGUUGGAUAUUUUGAUGGUACAAUAUGUGGUAUAAAGUUAGCAGAUAAGGAUAACAGUCUACAAAUAUCACUUGUACAAAAAUAUGUUGAUUCUGAUUGUAUAGCAGUUAAUUAUUUAUAUAUAAUUCCUCAAGAUGAAUUAAAUAUAAAGAUUCUUGCUAUUAAAGGUUCUUUUGUCUUGGUAUUAUACAUAAAUACGACAGGAGAAUUGAAAAAUAUGCGAUACUUGCAUGUACAAGGAUUUACCAUUACAGGUGUAGUUCCUAUUAUUGCUCAGCAAUUCUUAAUCUCUACACAGGACAGUCAUAUUUUCAUUAUUAAUAUAGCAAAUGAUUUAGUUAGUAUCAAUAUUAAAAGUCAUCUACCACAGGCACGUGUUCAAUAUUUUGGACUUACUCAUUCUCCAAAUAAAGUAAUAUUUGUAAAUUUAACUAGUCCAAAUAUGGUGUAUGAUCAUCUGGUGACAAGAGAACCAAGUAUAAUGCAUAUAUUCACUUUAAAAAGCAAAUUUUGUGAUCCAGUAUCUAUUAUUAAUGAUAAUACAAAUCUCGGAAAUAUCUGGGAUUGUAUGGAAAUCUUCAGACUGAAAGCUAUCAAGGCAAAAGAUCCAUGUACGAUAUUUCGCCCAAUGUCAAAGAAUCUUGAAUCAUUAUCACUCUACCAACUGCAAGUAUCAAUGUGGAUGACAGUAAUAAUGAAUGUGUGCACAACAAAGAAGCCAAUACCAAAUAUGGAUCACAUAAGAGAAAGUAAGAUAACGGAAGCGCUUCCAUUAAUUUUUCUACAUUCCGCUUGUACAUAUCUGGAAAAGUUAAUGAAGAAGAGUGUAUUAUCGGAGGAUCAGAUAUUUUCAGUGUUUUUAUUAAGACGAUAUCUGGAAAUAUACAAAGGCAUACCAUCAGUCGAGGAUUCAAAGAAUAAAAAUACAAAUCAGCGUAUUCAAGAAAUAUUAAACAUGACUACGUUCUAUUCGAACCAAAUUGAAAAGUGUAAUCUAUGUGGUGAAAGGAUAGAUGGAAUGUGGCAUGUCAGAGCGUGUCCACACGGUCACAAGCUACCUAGAUGUUGCAUAACAUUAUUGCAGAUAACGUUGUUGGAGUACCGUGUCUGUCCGAUAUGCGGCCAAAUCUUUCAUCCAUGCUUAGAAGAUAUAUACGAGGAACCGCAAUGUCAGUUCUGCGAUGUACCUAUUUUACGUAAUUCGUAUGAUUUCGAUGCAGAAAAUUCAGAACUGUAUGGAAGGAAUUUGUCACUUCCACGAAUUGCUGACAUAACAAUUGAAUCAAGAGAUCCAGAAUCCGAAGAACCACCCAAUAAACAAAAACAAAGUAAAUGGAAUACUUCACGGACAUAUUCUGUAAUUGUGAAUGAUGACGAUAACAAAUCAGAUAGAAUUAUGGAGAAAUGGGAGAAAUUUUAA